AUGUCCAAGGAAAUAAGCAGCAUCAUGUCUCACGGCUCGCCGACCCCUACGGGGGAGAAGCCAGAGACGAUCGACGGCCAGCUCAUCGACCCCAACCGGCCGUCGCUUGACAAGAUCAGGGCGUUCACCAAGGCCGAGGCCCGCGCCGCCAACAUCGCCGAGCACGAGCAGACAUUCCGCCAUGCCCUGUCAGCCAACAAGAAGGCCGUGUUCUGGUCGCUGGUGAUCUCCAUGGCUAUCGUCAUGGAGGGCUACGAUACCGCGCUGAUGCCGCAGUUCUACGGCUAUCCGUCCUUCCAGAAGCGAUACGGCGAGUUCUUCCCUGACAUCGGCGAGUGGAGCCUCACGGGGGCAUGGCAAGCCGGCCUGAGCAACGCCCAAGCCAUAGGCGUGAUACUCGGGGGCUUCAUCAACGGCUGGGCGAGCGCCAUGUUCGGCUACAAGAAGAUGAUGCUGGUUGCGCUGUUGUGGAUAAACUCCACCAUCUUUAUCGUCUUUUUCGCCCCCACUAUACACGUCCUUCUCAUCGGCCAAUUCCUGUGCGGCCUCGGCUGGGGCGUCUUUGCGACUACUGGACCCGCGUACGCGUCCGAGGUGUGCCCCUUGGCGCUGCGUGGAUACCUCACUGUAUAUAACAACCUGUGCUGGGCCAUGGGUCAACUAAUUGCAAACGGCGUCCUAAAAGCCCUCGUCAAUAACUCCUCGGAAUGGAGCUACCGGAUCCCCUUCGCGGUGCAGUGGGCGUGGCCACUGCCGCUGUUCGUCCUCGUGGCCUUCUCCCCGGAGAGCCCCUGGUGGCUGGCCAAGAAGGAGCGGUACGGAGACGCCGCCAUCAGCCUGCACCGGCUGUCGAACCGCACCGAGAGCGACGUCCAGAACAGCCUGGCGCAGAUCGUGUAUACCAUCAGGCUUGAAAAGGCAAGGAUUGCCCGGAGCAAGGAAAAGGCCGCUGCUGCUCGCCCUGCCUCUGCACGGAACAACACAGCAUCCCAGACACACCACCACUCGAACUCCUGGCUCGCACGGUUUACACGGCAUCGUGAAUUGCAAUCCGGGUCCACCUACCGAGACUGCUUCCGCGGGCUCGACCGCCGCCGCACCGAGAUCUGCUGCGUCGCCUUCGCGGGCCAGAUGCUCUCGGGCGCGCAGUUCGCCUACGGGCCGUCGUACUUCUACCUGCAGGCAGGCAUGUCCGUCGACGACGCGUACAAGCUGGCGGUCGUCAGCCCCGCGCUGGCCUUCAUCGGCACCGUGUCGUCGUGGGCGCUGCUCACGUACUUUGGCCGCCGCGUCAUCUACCUGUGCGGCAUCUCGGGCAUGACCGUGGUGCUCUGCCUGAUCGGCAUCAUAUCCGUGGUCACGCACAGCAACGCGGGCCUCUGGGUGCAGGCCGCGCUGUGCCUUGUGUGGCAGCUGGUGUACAGCUUGACCCUGGGGCCUAUUACUUAUUCCAUUAUUGCGGAGACGAGUGCGAUGCACCUGCGUGCCAAGACGGUUGUGUUGGCGAGGAAUACGUACAAUGUUGUGACGGUUGCAUCGCUGGUCAUUGAGCCAUACUUGAUCAACCCAACAGAGCUGGACCUGGAAGGCAAGACAGCCUUCUUCUGGGCCGCCACAGCUGCGUUGACCGCGGUCUGGGCUUACUUCCGGCUGCCGGAGGUCAAGGACCGCACAUACGAGGAGCUGGAUGUGCUCUUCGCCAAGAAGCUCUCGGCCAGGAAAUUCGAGUCCGCGGAGGUGCAUGUCUACGAAGAUUCAGAGUACCAGAUAUUCCUCGACUGA